CGACCUCGGGAUUUAUCUUGGAUUUUUAUAAUACCUUCCGCUAACUCGGCUAAAAACCACAAAGCUUGAUCAAUUGUGUCAAGAAGAACAUCGAUCCUGGGAUAUUUUAAGGAUUGGCAAAUGAUGUCUUCAUUCAAUGUAAAUGUGAUGCCAGUGGCGUUUGUUCCGAAUCAUCCUGUAUACACCGGGAUUUGUGUCACUUCUGCAGUACUUCUCGUGUGUAUCAUAGUCGUCGGAAACUUUCUAGUAGUCGCAACAUUUCUGAAAAGUGAGAGUCUUAGGAGACCUUCGUAUCUUCUUCUAUCAAGUUUAGCUGCAGUCGAUUUAAUGACUGGCGUCAUAGCGAUUCCGUUGGAAACUUUUAAAAGAUUCGUAGUGAUUGAAGUGACGUGUCUAUACACAUACUCACGAUAUUUUUCGGGUUUUGUCUAUCUUUUUGCCUCGAAUUCUCUGCUUCAUAUCGUCAUGGUAACCUGGGACCGAUAUAUCGCUGUUCACAAACCCCUUCGUUACGAAACUCUCGUUACCGCUAAUCGUGUUGCGAUCGGGAUAAUCUUCAGCUGGUUGCUUAGUAUCGGGUUUUUGAUAGGCCUUGUAACGAAGGAAGAAGAUCCAACUCUUAUUGCAAACUACUGUGCUGGUACCAACAAUCAAACCGAUCGUCUUACUCGAAUAGGGAUCAUCCUCAUCAUGGUAGCUAUCAUUUUGUCAGCAUUGACUUUGAUCACGCUCAACAUGUUAAUUCUACGCACAGCAAUGCAGCAUGCGCGUAGAAUCGCACAGAUGGAACGCGCAGUAGGCCAAAGGGAGGACGAAACCAGGUCUCGUGUUAAGGCAUCGCAGAUAGUAACAACUAUCACUCUCGCGUUUUUCAUUUGUUACAUUCCAACAAGUGUGUUACAUAUCAUUCUCGGUGUCGACAUCGAAGGUCGUCUCUACAGUCGACCUGUCGACGACGUCACCACAUUUAUAUUUUUAUGCGGCUCUGCAGUGAAUCCUGUUAUAUACAGUUACCGCGAUCGUGUGUUCCGCGAUAAGGCUCUCCGGUAUUUCAAGGACAAGUCCGUCUGGAGAAAAUUAUGUUCUGCUGAAUCCACGUUUGCUUAA